AGGCUCAAGGACGCCAGACGCAGAAACAAAACCGUCGCACUUACUUGGAUCAGAGCUAUGACAGAGGCUGAAGCAGUCAUCCGCAACGAGUCGGGCUACAUCACCCACACAGCCAAGAAGGACUUCGGUCCUUUGGAGUUCACGGGCAAGAUUGGGGGCGGGCUGAGGCUUGACUUGCGAAGGCGGGCGCCCCUGUACAUCAGCGACUGGACGGACGCCUUUAAGGCUGAGAACUUCCAGAAGUCCGUGUCCUCCAUUCUUUACCUGUUCAUCGCAGCGCUGGCCCCUGCCAUCACCUUCGGGAGCCGGUUUUUGGACGGCACCAAGGGCCAGUUUGGAGUUUUGGAGAUGAUCAUGUCGUCCGCCAUCAGCGGCAUUUUGUUUUCUAGCUUCGCAGGGCAGCCUCUGUCCAUCCUAGGUGCUACUGGCCCUCUUGGCGUACACGCUGGUGGUUUUUGA